UUUGAAGCAUGACAGUGAUUCACAACAAUCAACAACACAGCGUGCUCUAGCAGCGCGACCACCGGGUGAUAUACGGGUUCAAUUGGCUUAUUCUCAUUGCAGCUACUAGCUUCCACUAUGCCGAUAUUAGCUGAGCUUACAGGGGACGAGAAUACAAGCGAAAGUUCACGCACAUUUGUUUUCGAAAACGAAGGCCACACGUUGGGAAAUGUGCUUAAAAGCAUCAUCUGCAAGUACCACGAUGUAAACUUUUGCGGCUACACGGUUCCACAUCCGGCAGAAAACAAAAUGCAUUUCCGUAUACAGGCCGCCAAGAACGUCCGAGCAAUUGAUGUCCUGCGACGCGGCCUGGAAGAUUUGGAACGCGUGUGUGACCAUACGAUAGAUACGUUCGAAGCAGCAAUAGCAUUGCAUCAAGAGACAGCUUAACGAAAUUUCAAUUGUACUUUACCAACGUUUGCAUGUAGGGUCCAUUUGUAUGCUGCACAUACAAUUCUGUGAAUGGUAAUUGCAUAUAUAACAUUAAAAUUUAACGGCAUGGUAAGAUAAUGCAUUUAAUGGUGGGAUGGUGCAUUAUUUCGGAUUGAUUGGCGAUCUAUGAAAUACAUGUUGUAUC